CUUUGUUCUUUUCAUCAACAAGAAUGAAAAAUCAUUUGUUUUAAGGAUAAUCCUUUUCAAAAGAUUCCUUCUCUUUUUCGUCAACAAUCGUAUACCUCAAUCCAAUGUUGCUUCCUCAAUAUGUUUAUUUUUCUUUUUCUUUUUUCCUAUGUUGUGUUUUGUUUUCUAAAGAGGGAUGAGAGUGAAAGUGAAAUUCUAGGGUUUUGAGAUAAGGGUUUUUCUUUUUGAAGUUCUUUUUACUUGUGGGUCUUCAAGAUUUAUCAAUGGAAAUGGAAGAGGUUGCUGCUAUUGAACAAGAUGGUUCAAGAAUGGUUACCUCUGCUGGCUUUGGAGAUGAAGCUAUUGACAUUGCUAGGGAAGGAAAUCAGGUCGAUUUGAAUGUUGCUGUGAUGAUGGACAGUGGUGAUGAAAAUGGAACUGUUGAAGGGUACGAGCCUAAGGAUUUUGAGGCUAAGAUGGAGAAAACCCUUGUAGAUGAUGAGAUUGGAGGAUUUGUAAGUGAAGAAAAUGGCGAAAAUGGUGUUAGCAUUGACGAGAAAGAUGGGGUUAUUGUUAAGAAGAAGCGCCCUUGUCGACCAGGGCCUCAGGACAGGGUGAUAGUUCUUGGUAUUCAUUGCGUUAAUGUUGAUUUUGAUGCUAUUAACAGGAAGCAUAGUGGUCGUGGCCGUGGCCGUGGUUCUGGUCGUGGCCGUGGUCGUGGUCGACCCAGGGGUCCAAAUUACAAUAAGAGGAAGUUCUCUGGCAAUGAAGCUUACGAACAAAUUGGUCUUGGUGAAACUACACAAGUUGGUCUUGGUGAAACUACACAAAUUAGUGCUGGUGAAACCACACAAAUUGAAGCUUACGAACAAAUUGGUUCUGGUGAAACUACUGUUGAUGGACAUGAGAGAGCUGAGAUUCCAAUUAUUGACUAUGACUUUGGUGAAGAAAAUCAGAAUUAUGCAGAUGGAGCUUCUAAUGCAAGUGAGGGAGGUGGGAAUAGUAUGUGUUCUGAACUCAGUUCAAAGAAGAAGAGAAGGAAGCUUAUUGGUGGUGCUAAUGGUGUCGGUGCUAAUGGUGUCGGUAUUAAAGUUAGAGGUCGAGGUCGUCCAAUGGGUUCAAAGGACUCCAAGAAGAGGAAUCGCAGAUGUCGUCGAUUCAUUUAUCCGGAUGAGAAUACCAUCGGUAAAGAGGGUCAAAGUGGUGAGAAUCCAAUUUAUAGAAUGAGUUGGAAGGAAUCAGGGCAUGGUGAAGAAGAUCAAAAUCAUGCGGGUGAAGCUUCCAAUGGAUUUGAAGGUCAGAAUAAGGCACCAUCCAGGAGUAAGUUAAAAGUGAUGAAGCGAAAGUGGGUGGUCGGUGGAAUGAAUGGCACAAUACGUAGAGGCAGGCCAAAGAAGUAUGUUGAUGGGUACAAGGAGAGAGGAGCAUAUAUUGAUGGAAUAGCUGAUGAACUUGUAGUUGCAGGAAUUGAUGGAAAGAAUGCUCCUCUGAUUGUGGGAAAUGAGUUGCAACUACUUGCAGCUGGCAAAGAGGAUCAAAGUGGAGCUAGCGAAACCAUCAUUGAUGAUUAUGGUACGGGUGAGAUUGUGGCAGGCGGUGAUCAAUCUUGUUAUUUGGAAUAUCAGAAUCAUGCAAGAGAAGCUGCCAACAGAAACAGAGACCGUAAGAAUAUUUUAUCUUGUAGGGUUAGGAGGAAACCACGGUUAAUUGUAGCUGGUGAAAUCAUGACCUAUUCUGAUGUGAAAAGGCGUAGGCGCUCUGUCAAGGCAGGGGAUGCCACCAUUCCAAGAAGGCCCAGAGGUAGGCCUAGGAAGUAUAUACAUGGUCCUCAAAGAAUUGGAGGGGUGGCUGGAGUAUCCAGCGACACAAAAAUACAUGGCGACUCGAAUGCAGGUGUUUCAAAUGGACAUCAGGGGAGUUUGAUGUGUCACCAGUGCACGAAGCGUUAUAAAAAUGUUGUCUCUUGUUCAAAUUGCAAAAGGAAGCGCUAUUGCUAUGGAUGCAUCGUGAGUUGGUAUCCUGAGAGAACAAAAGAAGAAGUCAAGGUUGCAUGUCCAUAUUGUCGUGGCAAUUGCAACUGCAAAGCUUGUCUUCAAGCAAAUGUAAUCGUAAAGGCUAGUCACAAAGAAGCCGACGAGGAUAUCAGAUUGCAAAGGUCACUUUAUUUGCUUAAAAAAACGCUACCUCUUUUGAGGCAUAUAAAAGAGGAGCAGAGAUGUGAGCUCAUGGUGGAAGCUGGAAUACUGGGUGUUCAAUUGACAGAAGAACAUGUACGGAAAGCUUCAUUUGAUGAUGAUGAUAGAGUGUACUGUGACAACUGCAAUACAUCAAUUGUCAAUUUCCACAGAAGCUGCCCAAGUCCUGAUUGCUCUUAUGAUAUCUGUCUCAAUUGCUGUCGCGAACUCAGAGAAGGUAUCCAGCCUGGUGGUAGUGAAGCUGAAUCUUCUUUUCAACAAUUUCUUGAGAACUCUCAACUUCAGGGUGCAGAUGCAAGGGGACAAUUUUUUGGAUGGAAAGCUGACUUUAAAGCAGACGCUUUUAUAGCUGAUAGCUCCUUAGACUUCCCUGUUUGGAAAGCAAACUUGGAUGGAAGUAUCCCCUGCCCUCCAAAAGCUCGUGGAGGUUGUGGUAUUGGAAUGCUAGAAUUGAGACGAAUAUUUGAAGUUAAUUGGGUGCAGGAACUUGUCGAAAAGGCAGAGGUCCUGACCUUCAAUUUUCAGAUGGCCGAUAUCGACUUUGGAGAAGCAUGUCCAGUCUGUCCUAGCAUUGACACUGUAGAAAAUCAUGAUGUUGUUAGGAAAUCGGCUACUAGGAAGAAUAGCCAUGACAAUUUUCUCUACUGCCCAAAUGCUAUUGAUCUAGAAGACAAUGAGUUUGAACAUUUCCAAAUGCAUUGGAGGAGAGGUGAACCGGUUGUGGUUAGAAAUGUUCAAGCAAAGACAUGUGGGCUUAGUUGGGAACCAAUGGUCAUGAUGCGAGCUUUCAGGACUGCUAAAAAAAGGUUAAAGGAGGAGAAUCAAUGUGUCAAGGCUAUUGAUUGCUUGGACUUGUGUGAGGUGGAGAUUCAUCUUAAGCAAUUCUUUGGGGGAUAUGUAGUGGGACGUAGACAUCUAAAUGGAUGGCCAGAGAUGUUAAAGCUCAAGGAUUGGCCGCCAACAAAUUCAUUUGACGAAUGCUUGCCAAGGCAUUGCGCGGAGUUCAUUGCAAUGCUUCCUUUUAGUGAUUAUACUCAUCCUAGAUCAGGUCUUCUCAAUCUUGCUACAAAACUUCCUGAUGGUUCUCGAAGGCCAGACUUGGGUCCUAAAUCUUAUAUUGCUUAUGGAUUUCCUGAGGAGCUUGGUAGAGGUGAUUCCGUGACAAAACUACAUUGUGAUAUUUCUGAUGCGGUAAAUAUACUGAUGCACACAACCAAAGUGAAAGUUUCUUCUGCGGAACUCAAAAACAUUAACAAGUUGCAGAAAGAACACAAAGCUGAAGACAUGAGCGUCAUCUCUAGUAUGGCACAUAAGGCAUUGAGCUCUUUCACAACAGAACCACCUAAAGAUUCUUGCAAUGUUGAUUCUGUGGAUUCUUUAUGCAUACAAAAAGGAGGUGAUGAUGAUGAGACUGGGGCUUUAAUGGCUGAAGAACAAAGCAUCAACAAGAAUUUGAAUGGCAGCCUUGUUAAGACGGCUGCUUUGUUGAAUCCAUUGGCUUUGGAAACAACUGAGUCGGACAGAAAUGAAUUGGAUUUCAACCUUUCAUGCCCUGAAGGCAACAGACCCUCGGACUUGGCCUUGGUGGUAGGAAAAGCAGACCCAGAUGAAGAUAUUCAGCGAAGUGAUGAUCAAUGUUCUGAAAGUGUAUAUGGUGGUGCUCUAUGGGAUAUCUUCCGUAGGCAGGAUGUGCCUAAAUUGACUGAGUACCUGAAUAAACAUCAGAAAGAAUUUCGUGGCAUCAACAACGCUCCUGUGAGAUCUGUUGUUCAUCCAAUCCAUGACCAAACCUUCUAUUUUGACGAAAAGCACAAGAAACAGCUGAAGGAGGAGUUUGGCGUGGAGCCAUGGACAUUUGAGCAAUAUCUUGGAGAGGCUGUUUUCAUUCCUGCAGGUUGCCCACAUCAAGUUAGAAAUAGACAGUCAUGCAUUAAAGUGGCUCUUGACUUUGUGUCACCGGAUAAUGUUGAAGAGUGCAUCCGCUUAACAGAAGAGUUUCGCUUACUUCCAAAAACCCAUAGAUCCAAGGAAGAUAAAUUGGAGGUGAAGAAGAUGGGGUUAUAUGCUGCAAGUGUUGUUAUUGAUGAAGCGAGUAAAUUGAUGCUGAAGCACAAUUCUCAACUGCAACCUCAGCCUCCAAUAGAUGCUGCAAAUCUGAACUUGGAGCAAGGUGUUGAAGCAAGGGAACCUCAGCCUCCAAUAGACCCUGCAAAUGAAAAUUUGGAGCAAAGUGUUGAACAAAUGGAACCCCAGCCUCCAUUAGAGGCAGCAGAUGAAAAUGUGGAACAAGGUGAACUAAGAGAACCUCAGCCUCCACUAGAUGCAGCAAAUGAAAACGUGGAACAAGGUGUUGAACCAAGGGAACCUCAACCUCCAAUAGACUCUGCAAAUGAAAACAUGGAGCAAGGUGUUGAACCAACAGAAGCUGUUGUGUUGAGAGACUUGAGUUAGGAAAAUGGUGUUACGAAAAAAUAUACAAGAUAAGCAUGGUCCGUAUCGAUGUUGUAAUUCUGCUAUUAGGAGGGAAUGUAUGAGAAUUUUCAUUUAUAUAAUCAUGAUGUGGACAAAAAUUAGAGCAUACACAACUGAAAUCUGAAUUAGAAGAGCCUUAUUUUCAUUAUAUGUUCUUCCUUUCCUAUAUGCAUGUGAAGGAGAUGAAAGCAUCCUUUCCUAUUCUGCUUUAUGUGG